AUGGCGUUGUCUGCCGUCGGCAACUUGGGCACCUCUCCUCUGUCUUUGUGGAUCCCUCGAGCAGAUGCCUCUUCCGCUUUUGAGCCCAGCAGGGGAAGCUCGCAUGAUCCCAGCAGGGCAAGUGGCGAAAAGCGGAGGGAGUUGAGGGCAAGGACCCUCCUGGCGCCGCUGGGGAUCUUAUGCGCCUUGCGUCGUUGCAGGGCCCCGGCGGCGACGGCCCGGGACUUUCGGGUACGGUGCAAGGCCGCCGCAGAAGCGGGUGAAGGCGUGGCUCUCGAAGAUUCCGCGUACCGAGCUGCAACGCCGCGCGAGCGUCAAUUCGGAAUCUAUGAGCCUCCAAUCCGCAGAAGCUCCGCCAACAGAUCGUCUCGUGCAGAGCCUGUUGAGCUGCCCCUUUCGCAGCUACACAUCGUGGCAGCCCAGAGGCAGCUGCCGUCGCUGCUGGAGGCGCAUCCUCAAGCCGAUGCCUCUGCCUGCGUCGCCGCGUGGUCCGAGCUGCUGCGCGUUUGCCAGCGUCGCGCACCGGAGUUGCUGGCGACCUGGAGCUCUGGCGUCGGCCCUCUGCUACGGUUCGCGGUGCUGAUUCCACGUGAGCAGUGGCUCAGGGACCCAGCGGAUUGGGUUGCGGGCGCAGAGCUGGGAGCAGAGGCAGAUAUGGCGGAUAUGGACGGCCCCGAGGGCCCCAUGACUGGCGUCGAGGCCUUGCCAAAGCUUGAGAGCCUCCUGAGACAUCUCAUGACGAAGUAUGAUGAUGCGCCAAUGACGCUUGCCGGUGCCUUUACUUGGAGUGAUGGUGCUGGCGGGACUCUACGAGAGCGUCCCGGGCGCGAGGUAGUGUUGUGCAGCGGAGCCGGCAUUCAGCUGUGCACCCGCUUCGCGCUCCUGUUCGCAGAAGUUUGUAGAGGAGACCGGAAACCUGUUGCAGCCGCUCAAGACUUGCUCACACCCAAUCUCUCCAAAAAGAUGGUGAGCAGGUUUUUACAAAGCAGCGAUUCCAAACUUCCGCCUCCACCCCCCGUGGAAGUGCCUGAGAGCGUGCGGCACGUGCAGCCCCUCUCCGUGGUCCUGGCGAGCCCCUUGCUGGCCUUGAGGCGCGCGCAGAUGGAGACCCUUGGUGGCCCCGCUGUCUUUGCAGAGGCCCUGGCCAGAACACAGCUUGGCAAGGAUCUGGGCAGCGAAGAGGAGGAAGAGUUUGCUCUGAGCAUCCUGUCGUGGGCUUGCCGCUUCGCGGAGGAGGAGGAGCUGCAGGACCCGAGCAAAGCAGCUCAGGCCGUCGAGUGGCUGCUUGCGCAACGCAUGUUGGACCCGAAGUUUUCCCUGGUUGUUGCUGGCAACCCCCGGGCGCCCAAGAAAGUCUUGGAGGCUGCAAGAAAAGAUGCAGCUACGCUCGAACUGCAGCGACUACAGAUGAGUGGUCAGCGUUUCUUGCCGAACCCAGGCAAGAUCAGAGGCUUCGUGAAGAAGGGAGUUCUGGCAGCCUUUGGAUCGCCCUACAGCGAGGACUUUGCAGGUGGCAAAGUGCUGCCACAGGGACUCCGUGCGAUGCUGGGCAUGGACGGUACAAACUUCCGCGAGCCGGAGCCGCCGAACAGCUGGCACGGGGACACCUACGAGCCCUGCGCAGCCGAGCGGAGCUUCUUGCAGGAUCCGAAGUUCCUGCGCAAGGCCACAGUCCGCAUCGACGAGAUCCUGAGCUUCGAGUACCUGCAGCAUGUCGGUCAGACAAUGAAGAAUUGCCUUCGUGCCGAAAGGAGAGGCGGGAUGAGCUUGAUGAAGUAUCUCAGCAGGGUUAAGGCCCGUGAGAGCAGCUUCUGGGUCAUGACCAUCACGGCGGAACCCACAGAAGAGGAAGAAGAGGCGCCGCUUCAGCACAUGAUGCUCAUGGAGGUUUACAACGGCCUGAACGUGAUCCACCAAGCGGAGGGCCCGCAUCCUCGGCGCUGGCCGCGAGCGGAUGCCUGGACGUGGCUCCAGGAGUGGGCGGCGCAGGAGGGUCUGCGUCCGGACGGCCCUGAAGGUGUCACUGUCGGACCCUAUGGGGCUUACGAAGGAUCCAUGGACAAGUGGGAUAUCAGGAGGUGCUUCCUGUGGUGA